UCGUCACCAGUGACGCAGCAGGAUGGCACCACCAGUUUGGCUGCGCCCCUCGCUUGAAAGUGAAUCGGUAGCCGAUAGAUAUAUGAAGUGUACCGAGCAUAGAUAGUAUGUCCAUACCGUACGUACAGCCUCGUCUUCGGACAAGUUGUACACUGUACAGCUGCUGCAUAGCUUGUCAUUGACACCCUCGUUUCAUAAGCUCAUUUUGCAUUUUGCAUCCCCAACAACCAACGACAGCCCCCUUACCAUGACCUUCUUCAACGUUUACUCGCAAGAAACCCGCGACGCCCACCACGGCGCCACCAUCUCGGCCGGCUCGCCUGAAAUCGACAACCUCGUCAACGAAAUCUACUCGGCGGCGGCGGGUUUCGGCACCGACGAAAACCGAUUGACCCAAGCUUUGGGCAACCGCACCACCCGCGAGCGCUACCUCAUCAGCGCGCGGUACCCGGAACUGCACAAGAAGUCCCUUCUGGAUGAAAUCAAGGGCGAGACAUCCGGCGACUACGGCAAGGCGCUCGAGUUGUUGGCGCAGCCGCUCGAAGAUGCCGAAGCCAGCAUCGUGCGUGAUGCCACCAAGGGCUCGGGCACCAACGAAGAUCUGCUGUACCCGAUCUUUGGCGGUCGUUCCAACGACGAACUCGCGAUCUUGAAGAAGGCGUUCUUUCAAAAGUACCAGGAGGACUUGGUCGUGGUGAUCGCCGACGACAUUGGCGGCGAUCUCAAGAAAGUCUACCUUGCCGCCUUGAACUCGUUCGCUCAAGCUUAUGAUCCGUCCAUCCAUACCCGCCACAAGGCUGAAGAGGUCGCGGAGGCCAUCUACAAAGCCGGCGAAGGCAAGUGGGGCACGGACGAGAGUGCUUUCGUCAACGCUUUGUACUCGGUUCCGUCCGAGUUCUUGCCCGCGGUGGACGCCGCGUACAAGGCCAAGCACAACCACGGUCUCAUUGUGGCCAUUGAGAAGGAAUUUACCGGCGACGCCGAGCGCGCGCUCAAGUUCCACGUCCAAAUCCAACUGAACGCGGUGGAAACCGUGGCUAACCACAUCGAAUCCACGUUGAAGGGCAUCGGUACGGACGAGUACGGAUUGACCGCAGCCAUCGUACGCUAUGCUUCCAUCUUGCCCCAAGUGGCGCAAGCGUACAAGGCCAAGCAUGGCAAGGACCUCCGCGAACGCAUCCACGGCGAAACGAGCGGCGACUUCGGCAAGGUGCUACUGGUUGUGUACGACCGCGCGCUGCGCCAUUAAACUAUCUUAUGGCGGCGCUGUGUGUUGUGCCAUGUGUGCACCAUCAUCACUACCACCCCGCCGUGUCUUUCCACGAUGGCUUAGAUCGAAUAACCCACUGUGUUCAAAAUAUCAUAUUCUUAUGUCCGCCAUAUUGUCUUCUCGCGGAAUAGCCACCGUUGGGUGCAACGCUGCACUUAAUAGUUAGGAUACUAGGCCCUGCCUGUCCGGGCAAAAUCACCUAAUAAAUACUAACUACGUAGUAGUACACAAAUUUAUUUGGACUUGUGAUUCAUAAUUUACCAGAAAAUAUGAAAAUAUCAUACAGUUGAUAUAAACACUUAACUUUAUAGCUUAACGUUACAGUUAAUUGUAUACUACGUAGUAACAUUAAAGCAACGAGCCAAUGAAUGCAUGGUAAACACUGACUGCACAACUAAUACACACAGUAAGAUCACGAUUGAAUCCCCAUUUGCCAGAAACUACGACAACCCAUUGGCUUGGAGU